AUGCAGUUUGCUACCACAAAGUUCUUCGAGAAAUCAAUUUUAAGCCCAUUACACCGCCGUCAAACUUUGGGGUUAAUUAAGCGUCAACACUUCGCCUCAACUGCCAAUAUCGCGAGUCAGCGUGGGUUAAACGAGACGACGCCAUCCACUGAAAAGGCGAAUUUUCCAAAGCCAACAAACAUCACAAACGAGCCCGCCUACAUUCCUCACUUCAAACAAACUCGUUGUACCACGAGUGAAAAUGGGGAACCAAUUUGGGAACACCCGAUCGACCGCGCUGUGUAUGACCUCAAAAAGAUUUCCUCGAUCGAAAUUACUCAUCAUCCGAUCAAAAAAAUGCACGAGCGUGUCGCGUAUUUGGCUGUAAAGGCGCUUCGCACAAGUUUCGACAUACUCUCGGGUUACCGUGGACCAGGUGGUGCCAUGACCGAGAAAGACUGGCUGAACCGUUGCCUCUUUCUCGAAUCCGUUGCAGGUGUACCUGGUAUGGUAGGCGGUAUGUUACGGCACUUGCGCUCACUGCGCAAAUUCAAGCGCGACUAUGGCUGGAUUCACACGUUAUUGGAGGAAGCUGAAAAUGAGCGCAUGCAUCUACUUAUCUUUAUGAACAUUAAACAACCUGGCUACAUCUUUCGCACUUUGGUCUUGGGUGCUCAAGGUGUGUUUUUCAAUGGAUUUUUCCUCACUUACUUAAUGUCACCCAAGACAUGUCACCGAUUCGUGGGGUAUCUUGAGGAAGAAGCCGUCAAGACUUACACGUGUCUGCUCAAAGAGAUCGAAGAUGGUCAUCUGGAAGAAUGGAAAACGAAAAAAGCACCACUGAUUGCACAGACGUAUUAUAAAUUACCUGAAACCGCGUCUUUGUAUGACAUGGUCAAGUGCGUCCGUGCAGACGAAUGUAGCCAUCGCGAUGUGAACCAUGCGUUUGCAGACCUGGACCAGAAGAAGGGUAUUAGUCCAUUUGUUCAGAAUCAGUAG